AUGAGGUCACUCAAAAACAAAUAUUCAUGUGGACUGGAUGGUGUGCCAGACAAUGUCUUUAAAAAGUCAUCUGAUAAUGCAUUAAAACCUCUAAUAUUUAUAUUAAACAACUCCUUAUCAACUGGAAUCUUUCCCAAUAGCCUAAAAACAGCUAAAGUAACUCCACUGUUCAAAACAGAGGACUCUGAAAAUGUAAAUAAUUAUCGUCCAGUAUCCCAACUCAGUGUUUUCUCCAAAAUAUUUGAGAAAAUUUUCUACAAUACACUACGAAGCUACAUUACAAAAAAUUCAUUACUCCCAGCAAAUCAACAUGGAUUCAGUAAAUCAAAGUCUACAACAACAGUACAUAAUGAAUCAAAUGGACCAAUAAAUAAAUGA